AACAACAGGACGGACACUUCCGGAUUGGGAUGGCUAGAAUAGCAGCUUGUUUAAUUAUUUUUGGUGUUUUUGAAUCUUUGUACCUUGGAAGCAGUCAAAAUAUAUGUGAACAACCACCCAAACCAGACGAUGUUCCAGUAUGUUGCCCGUUUUACCACUAUAACGGAACUGAUUGUAUUGAAUGUCCACUAGGAUACUUUGGUGUGGAAUGCAAUAUCCCCUGCGUUUACCCAUCAUACGGUCUAAGAUGUAAUACUAUUUGUAACUGUAGUGAAAAUGAGUGUGAUAAUGUACACGGAUGUUUGCUGAUGAGUACGAUUGUAGUUACAUCAGAGAAAGCUGUCAGUACUUUAUUACAAAGGGAUGAAUCAAGAGUCCUACAAAAAAUAUAGUGCACAAGACUGAGCUACUUUUCAUCUUCAUAUUCACCACGUGUUUGUAUGUAAACAACAAUGAAAGCACACAGGCAUGAAAAAAUUGAUUAACAGGGUUACAAAUUUCAAAAGAAAAAGACUAAAUUCGAAGCACACUUGGAGAGAAAAAGGAGCCAC